AAGAAGCAAUGGAAGAAUCCAGCCUUGAGAAUGAUGGGCAUUCCCAGAUUUUCGCUUCCCUCCAGAAACUGGAUGAUUUUCUGGACUGUUUUGGCCUCCAUUGGUGGAGGUAUAGCAUACGACAAGUAUGAACAGAAGCAAGUGAGAAAAAAGUGGAUGGCUGAAGUAGAGCAUUUGAGUAAACAAGUAUAUCCUCAAGACAGAACUCCUCGUAAAUUGACGAUUUAUAUUGCACCUCCUCCGGACGAUUUCUUGGAUGAAUCGUUGCGCUUGUUCAGGAAAUUCAUCAAACCUGUAUUAAACUCCGCUUCUCUUGAUUAUGAGAUCUUCAGCGAGUCUCGACAAGGUGAUAUUCGUCAGUCAGUUGCACAGAAGAUCAGACAGAUGAGGUUAGAUCGUUUAGAUUCGGGUGUAGAUGGUGUAAAUGGUGCAGGAGCAAAUUCUGUCACAGAAGAAACGAAUUCCAAAACCUGGACGUCAUUUGCUGGUGGGGCCAAAUUGUUCCAGAAGUCCCAGAGCGGCGAAAUUGAAGAUGAACAGCUUGUCAAGAGAUCGGAGUUGUACAAGCCCAGGGACGUUAUGGGGUUGUACCGCGUGUUUAAGCCUAUGGAAGAGGUCAAGUCCGAGGACGAAAUCAACCCCGAAGAGGCUGGCGGUGUAAUUUGCAUUGGAAGAGGAGCAUACAAGGAAUACCUUGCAGGAGUUCACGAAGGAUUGUUAGGACCUUUGGUGAAGCCGCAGGUAUUGAUAGAGGAAGAAGAACAAGCCAGAAUAGCCAAAGAAAAAGAAAAGGAAGAAAGAAUCAAAGAAGGUAAACCGGCAGAAGAUCUUGAUGACGACGAUGAUGAAGCUGGAACCAAGAAACUUCCUCCUGUGACUAAAUCUUUCAUCCAACCUUCAGAGUACGCAGCAGCUCAAUUGGCUCCGGAAUUGAAUAUGGCGAACAUUAUUUUGAAUGACAAAAAUGUUCCUGUGGUGUUUGAGCAGCCGGUUUAUGUCUACCCUAUUCCUAAGUUGACAGGUUUCCUGAAGAUCCCCCAGAAGAUCUACAAAUAUUUUACCACCAGAAGAUUAGCUGAUGAUUUCGGACGCAGAACUACAUCGAUUGUGUAUAACUUGUCUCGUCCAUAUGAGUUCAAAGACACUCUCCUGGCUAAAGAAGAAGAAGCGGAAUGGCCAAAGAAGUGGGUUGCCAAAGGAAUCGAAAAAAACUCUGAAUGGGUGCAAGAAUUAGAGGUUGACGAAAGAAUCACUGACAGAAUGAGAGUGUACGAUCCCGAGUUGUUGAAGAACAGGAAGUCCUACGAUGACCAAAACUAAUGAUGAUAAAUAGCAAGUAACGAUG